CUUUUCCUAUCCAGGUUUUCUUGCUCUUUCUGUGGUGCUAAUUUUAGUUUCUCCACCGGCAGCUUCUCGGUUAGACGUCUAAAUGUGUUAAUAAACAUAUAGUUUUGUAACAUUAUUUAAAUAAAGACAUAUUUCUCUUGGAGAGAUGGAUUAUCAAAACCAGAGUGGGUUCAGACUGCGUAAAUUACAGCCAAAGGUCAGGAUGCGAGGCACCUCGAUGGACCCCAACGACCCCAGUCCAUUGUUUGAUGAUACCAGUGCUGGAGUGUACAAACAUGAUUACAGAGGCGUGGGAAAGGGCCCUGGUGCAUAUCCAGGACAAGCCUUCCUCUCAGAGCCCAUGUCCAAUCUGACCAUGGCCUACAGCAGCAGUCUCGUCUCCCACGGCAAAGAGAUGAUGGACAAGAACCUGGAUCGAUUCAUCCCCAUAUCGAAGUUGAAAUACUAUUUUGCAGUAGACACAGUAUACGUUGGCAAGAAGCUUGGACUGCUGGUAUUUCCCUACAUGCAUCAAAACUGGGAGGUGAGCUACCAGCAAGAUACACCAGUCGCCCCACGGUUUGAUAUCAACGCCCCCGAUCUGUACAUUCCUGUAUUGGGUUUCAUUACGUAUAUCCUGGUUGCAGGGCUGGCCUUGGGAACACAGAACCAGUUUUCUCCAGAGAUUUUAGGCAUCCAGGCAAGCUCAGCCCUGGUGUGGCUCAUUAUUGAGGUUUUGGCUGUCCUUCUCAGUCUUUACUUGGUAACAGUUAACACUGACCUCACCACCAUCGAUAUGGUGGCCUUUUCUGGUUACAAAUAUGUUGGGAUGAUAGUGGGAGUGGUAGCAGGCCUUCUGUUUGGGCGGACCGUAUAUUACCUCACAUUGCUGUGGUGCUGUGCCUCUAUCUUUGUCUUUAUGAUUCGGACACUACGGUUAAAGAUCCUGUCUGAGGCAGCCGCAGAGGGUCGAUUAGUACAAGCAGCGAAGAAUCAACUGCGAAUGUAUCUAACUAUGGCCAUUGCUGCUGCACAGCCUGUUUUCAUGUACUGGCUAACCUUUCACCUAGUCAGAUGGUAAAUGGGAUAGCCGCAGAGGAACAGCCAUAUUGUUUCUACCACCGCAGUCACUCACAAAUGAAAGACCUUCUUCCUGUUUGCACAAUAAAACAAUGGACAUGCAUUGUGCAACCUCAUAGCACAAUAUUAUGUAACUGAACUGAAAUUUCUCAGCUGUCUUUUGUAUGUUUUUGUCAUGUACAUUUCUAAGGAUUAUCAUUGGAUUUUGUAUAAUGUAAUUGUAUUAUUUUUUUAUUAUUAUUUAAAUGUAUGUUUUUAAACAAGGGACGUUGUCCAGAUGCUCUGCUAUGACUGUGCCAGGCUGUCACAACUGAACACUUGAUGUCAGCUUGGAAAGAAAGCAGACAUGGUACCUGCAAUAUAUGCGAGUGUUUGGUGACUGCUAACUUAAAGAAACUGGUUCUGUAUCAUGUGCAUCGUGUAAAUGUAAAGAUUUCUUGUUAUUCUUUUUAUACUUGUAAAUUACUCUGUCCUUGUUGCCAUUCAGUUAUGCUGUAAGAAUAAGAACGUGUCUUGAGGUUAGACAAAUACAUGCCUAACUAAAAUUGUAUAUACCGUAAAUGCAGGAUCAACCUGCCUUAAAAUGUCUUGUACAAACAAUCAUACAUUUUUGGUAAUUUUUUUUUCCCAUCAUUUGGAUAUGAAAUAAAAAGUCUGAAUGAAAAGCUAGUUUGUAUAUUACCCCAUAGAAGUAAUGUUAUAUCUUUCCAUUUCUGCUUAUAAACAUGCAAAGUAAAAUAAAUGGCACUAUUAAAUA